AUGGCAAGCCAAAAUAAUGGUGAGCGGAGAAUUGAUAUACCAGGAGUUCCUACUGAUCAAACUUCUUCAACCAUAUCAAUUGAGCGAACAGGCCUUCCUAAGUUUUUUCUUUCUAUUAUGAUCUAUGCAAAUGUGAUCCAGAUUGUAGCAUCCGUGGCGGGUUUGUGGGUGUCCAAAGCUCUUGAGUAUCCAGCCAACAAAAUCUUCGCAUGGGUUGUGGGCUAUGCUUUUGCCUGUGCUGUAAUGCUUCCUUUUCUUUACUACCGUCUUCGCAAUGCAGAAACCUGGAAUCAGCGUCAGAGUAAAGUGAUGGAAGUCUUCUGGUUAACCAUGAGCUGCUUCUUUGUAGUGUGGUUCGUUUUUGGUUCUGUAUGCUUCUUUGGAGUUUCUUCUUCUAGCCAUGAUGCACCCAUAUUGGAAGGUUUAUUCAAAGCAUUGCUUCUCAGUGGCUGUACAAUAUAUGCAAUGCCAGGCAUUGCAGUAGCAUCAUACUGUCUGUUUUUCUCUUGGUUAAUUUUGCCAUUACUACUGCUCAAACUAAGGGAAAAACAUAGAGGAACCAGUACCCCAGAUUCCCCUCCUAAUGUACUGCCUACCUACAAGUUUAAAUCAAAGGAAAAUGGAGGUGGAGUGCUCUUGGCCGCAGGAACCAAAAAGAAGAGCGCCAGCUUAUCUGGAGAAGAUGUGGUUUGUUGCAUUUGCUUGGGAAAUUAUGCAGACAAUGAAGAGCUGCGUGAGCUACCAUGCUGCAGCCAUUUCUUCCAUGUGGAGUGUGUGGAUAAAUGGCUGAAGAUCAAAGCACGCUGCCCUCUCUGUCAAUCUGAGCAUGUAGGGCCUGGUGGGGCUGCAACAUGA